CUUCCCAACCAAAAGACAGGCAAGCACUGUCUACUUUUCUUUUCUCAGCUUUCUCCUUUCCUUAAAGUACAUGUCUCUAUUUCCUUCUGUUGUCUACUCCAGAAAAUCUAUGUUGUUGUAGGGUGUGUUAUUCAGUUUCCUUCUCAUGUAAUUCCACUUGCUCCAUGCUUACUCCACUCAGGAUUCCCUUACCAUGAAAACACUUUUAUAUGGUAAAGGCUCCCUCAAAUGCGUGCCAAGUACUAUUCCAAUGUGAUUCACUUCAUUCGUGCAUGGUUCUUCUAGGAGGAAUCCACAUGUUUCUCUGAGGGUGGCAUGUCAUGCACUUGCACACAAGUUCUAAAAAACGGUUAAAGAUUGGAAUUUCAGCCACAAGGUUAAGGUAUUUGGACACCCCACGUUCGCAUUUGCCACCUUUGUCUGCACUUUAAAACCUUGAACAGAACAUACAAGAUAGGAUCACCACCAUGCCAUUUGGUUUAGUCUCAGCAUGGAACAAGCGUCGAAGAAGCAAAUCUCAAGAUCAUUCAGACCCUUGGAUUUAUAAACCUGCAGAGUUUUGGCAGCUUGAAGAUCAUAUACCACAACCAACAAAAAGGAGGCACAGAUCAUGUGUUUUCACACUCAAGGAGAUGGACGAGGCAACAUGUUCAUUCAGUGAUGAUAAUCUGCUUGGAAAAGGAGGAUUUGGCAGGGUCUACAGAGGCAAUUUGAAGUCAGGAGAGGUUGUAGCAAUAAAAAAAAUGGAGCUUGCAGCAAUGAAAGCAGCAGAGGGGGAGCGAGAAUUCCGUGUAGAGGUUGACAUAUUAAGCAGACUUGACCACCCAAAUCUUGUUUCUCUGAUAGGAUACUGUGCUGAUGGGAAGCACAGGUUCCUAGUUUAUGAAUAUAUGCACAAUGGGAACCUGCAAGAUCAUUUGAAUGGAAUUGGAGAAAGAAAAAUGGAUUGGCCUCUGAGACUCAAAGUGGCAUUGGGAGCUGCAAAAGGGCUUGCUUAUCUUCAUUCAAGUUCUUGUCUUGGAAUUCCUAUCGUUCAUAGAGAUUUCAAAUCCACCAAUGUUCUUUUAGAUGCCAAUUUUGAACCAAAGAUUUCUGAUUUUGGGCUUGCCAAGUUGAUGCCAGAAGGACAAGAGACACAUGUGACAGCCAAAGUACUUGGUACCUUUGGUUAUUUUGAUCCUGAGUAUACAUCGACAGGAAAACUAACAGUACAAAGUGAUGUGUAUGCUUUUGGGGUUGUUCUUCUUGAGCUUCUCACAGGACGUCCAGCUUUAGAUCUAAACCAGGGUCCAAAUGAUCAAAACCUAGUACUACAGGUGAGGCACUUACUGAAAGAGAGAAAGAAGCUUCGUAAGGUGAUAGAUGCAGAGAUGGCUCGAAAUUCUUACACCAUUGAGUCUAUAUUCAUGCUUGCAAAUCUGGCUUCACGAUGUGUCCAUGCGGAGAGUAAUGAGAGACCUUCAAUGGUAGAUUGUGUCAAAGAAAUCCAAAUGAUUAUCCAUACCAAUUCAAAGGGCUUGGGAAUGGUUAGGCAUAGCUUCAGAAUGGUCUAAUCUGUUCAAAUCGUAUCAUAUCAAUCAUAAAGUUCUUCAAUUCAUGUUAAGAACUCAGAUUAAAAUGAUUUAGCAUCAUUGAUUAAGUAUUGGCAUGAUUCUUAGUGAUAAUGCCUUUGGGUUAUUUGGAUGAUCAAUCCGUGGCUGACAACGUUAACAUGAACAAACCACUUCACUUGAAAA